AUGAACGCCUUCCGCGCCGCCGCCUCUUCGUCCCGCGCCGCCUUCGCCGGCCGCCGCGCCUUCAGCAGCACGCCGCGCUCGCCGCUCGCCAAGAUGACCAUCAUCGGCCGCCUGGGCGCCGAGCCCGAGCUGCGCACCGCGAGCACCGGCCGCGAGUACAUCCGCUACGUCCUGGGCACCAGCACCGGUCCGCGCGACCGCAACGAGACCAGCUGGUUCCGCGUCUCCUGCUUCGACGACGGUCCCCGCAAGGACUACGUGCUGAACCUGCCCAAGGGCACCCUCAUGCACCUCGAGGCCGAUGCGAAGAUGGACACUUUCGAGACCAACGAGGGCGUGAAGACUACGCGCCUGAACCUCGUCCAGAGGAACAUCGAGAUCCUUAGCAAACCUCAGCGCCCGAGCGAGGAGGGCCCCAUGGGCGCUGCCUCUCCCGCCGACUCGGCUUAA